AUGCCACGAAAGGCCCUUGACUCGCGGAUUCCAGCGCUAAUUCGGAACGGAAUCCAGGAGAAGAAACGGAGUUUCUUCGUUGUUGUUGGAGAUCGGGCCAAAGAUGUCAUCGUUCACCUUCAUUAUAUCAUGUCGAGCGUCGACGUUAAACAGAAUAAGUCAGUACUAUGGGCGUAUAAAAAGGACUUGCUCGGUUUUACAACUCAUCGCAAGAAGAGAGAGAUGAAGAUAAAGAAGGAAAUAAAGCGAGGAAUACGCGAUCCAAAUACCGAUGACCCCUUUGAACUGUUUAUAACCCUCAAUCAGAUCCGAUACGUGUAUUACAAGGAGACUGAAAAGAUUCUCGGAAAUACAUAUGGGAUGUGUAUACUGCAGGAUUUCGAGGCCUUGACGCCAAAUUUACUCGCACGAACAGUGGAGACAGUUGAGGGUGGUGGCAUAGUCAUCCUUCUUUUAAAGGGCAUGAAGAGCUUGAAACAAUUGUACACGCUAUCCAUGGACAUACACUCGAGGUAUCGAACAGAGGCUCAUGAUGAUGUCGUGGCUCGUUUCAAUGAACGUUUUAUCUUGUCACUUGGCAGUUGCAACACAUGUCUUGUGGUUGAUGAUGAAUUAAAUGUACUUCCUAUUUCUGGAGGAAAAGCAGUCGCUCCGUUACCGCCCGUUGAUCCUGAGGAGGAAGCCAAAUCUCCUAGCAAAAAGGAGCUACAGUCUAUUAAGACGGAACUAGAAGACACUCAGCCAGUCGGGGCAUUGGUGAAACUGGCCAAAACUGUUGAUCAGGCGAAGGCACUCCUAACAUUUGUGGAUGCCAUCGCGGAGAAGACAUUGCGCAGUACCGUCACCUUAACUGCCGCUCGUGGACGUGGAAAAUCAGCAGCUCUAGGCGUGGCAAUCUCCGCUGCUAUUGCUCAUGGAUAUAGUAACAUUUUUAUUACCUCCCCAAGCCCGGAGAAUUUAAAGACCCUUUUUGAGUUCGUUUUCAAAGGCUUCGAUGAAUUGGGAUACCUUGAUCAUGUUGACUACACGAUCCUUCAGUCAACUAAUCCAGAUUUCAAUAAAGCAAUUGUUAGGGUCAAUGUCCACAGACAGCACAGGCAGACUAUACAGUAUAUCCAACCGCAGGAUGCUUUUGCCUUGGGACAGGCCGAAUUGUUGGUCAUUGAUGAAGCCGCAGCAAUCCCUCUGCCGUUGGUACGCAAGCUGAUGGGUCCUUACCUUGUCUUUAUGGCUUCGACAAUCAAUGGUUACGAAGGUACUGGACGAUCCCUUUCUCUGAAGCUGAUACAGCAACUGCGAGAACAGUCAAGGGGAGGGGCCAAAGUUAAUGGCGUCGACAAUACCGAUAUCACUGACCGAGCCACCGGCAAGCCAGCAAGAAAAGAGCGAGGUUCUCAUCCAGGUGGUCGAACUUUACGCGAGAUAACUCUGUCAGAGCCAAUCCGAUAUGCCCAAGGAGACUCUGUUGAAAAAUGGCUUAACAAACUCUUAUGCCUUGACGCGACUUUGCCAAAAUCUAAAUUAAAUACUCAGGGAUGCCCUCACCCAUCCCAAUGCCAAUUGCUCCAUGUUAACCGUGAUACACUCUUUUCUUUCCAUCCAGUUGCCGAAAAGUUCCUCCACCAGAUGAUGGCUUUGUAUGUUGCCAGUCAUUACAAGAAUACUCCCAAUGAUCUUCAACUCAUGAGUGAUGCACCGGCCCAUCAACUUUACGUCUUGGUACCACCUGUUGAUGAGAAUGCAACAAAGCUGCCUGAGCCACUAUGUGUCAUCCAGGUUGCUCUAGAGGGCCAGAUAAGUAAACAAAGCGUAUUGAACAGCUUAAGCCGUGGCCAGAGAGCAGGUGGUGAUCUUAUUCCUUGGCUUGUCAGCCAACAAUUCCAGGAUGAGGAUUUCGCUGGACUAUCUGGAGCACGAAUUGUACGAAUCGCCACUAAUCCCGACUACAUUGGGAUGGGAUAUGGGUCUCGUGCUUUGGAGUUGCUUAUCGACUUCUUCGAGGGCAAGUUUGCUAGCUUAUCAGAGGACGAGAACCCAGCCUCCGAGGAAAUGGUUCGUGUGACCGAUGCUGAAUUGGAGGAGUCCAAUCUUCUGGAUGACAAUGUCCAUGUCAGGGAUAUCCAGUCAAUGCCUCCACUCUUUGGGAAGCUCUCUGAGCGACGUCCUGGCUCCCUUGACUACGUUGGCGUGAGUUUUGGCUUGACACAGCCUCUACAUAAGUUUUGGAAGAAGUCUCAGUUCGCUCCUGUCUAUCUAAGACAGACUCCGAACGACCUUACCGGAGAGCAUUCUUGUGUAAUGAUCCGGACUCUUUCGACUGGAUCCAAUGAUGCUUCUUGGCUUGGAGCCUUUGUGUCAGAUUUCCAUAAACGCUUCCAAUCAUUGUUGUCAUAUCAAUUUCGUGAAUUUCCAUCAGUCAUGUCUUUGAGCAUGAGCGAGUCAGCCACUGCAGUAUCGAAAUCUGACCCGUCUCUUAAGCCAUCUCCCGUCACGAAGGCAGACAUCGACGUCGUCUUUUCUCCUUUCGACCUUAAACGACUCGAUAGUUAUGCGAAUAACCUAUUAGACUACCAUGUUAUCCUCGACUUAGUUCCGGCAAUAGCAUCACUCUACUUCUCUGGGCGCUUGACCCCGGGAGUCAAUCUCUCAGGUGUCCAACAAACUAUCCUUCUGGCCACCGGUUUACAGCGCAAGACCUUCGAUGACGUAGAGAAGGAACUCAAGGUUGCUGCAACCCAGCUUAUGGCGAUGUUCAUUAAGAUAAUGAGAAAAGUGUCCACACAUUUCCGCUCCGUUCUCGAAGGAGCUGUUGCAGACACAAUGCCUACAACGAACAAAGUCAUAACUCAGAGGGAGACAACCGAUGCUCAUGAUGAUAAGAUCACUGAAGACCGCUUUCGUCCGCUUGAUGUUGACCUGCAAGAUGAGUUAAAGGAGGGUGGGCGAGAGAUAAAUGCUGAACUACGAGAAAAGCAGAGAGCUUUAAUUGAUGCUCUUCCAUUGAAUCAAUAUGAGAUCGAGCACGGAGCUGCAGGUUGGGAGGAAGCUGAAAAGCAGAUUCUCACAUCGUCAUCCAAAGAUGGCAACAUUAAGACAGUCAGUGUUAAGUCUUCUGCUAAGCGGAAGGUCGGUGAGACUGCAAGGGAUAUCUAUGAGAAGGAGAUUGGUAGCAAAGAGAGGAAGAAAAUCAAAAAGGGUACCGAGGGGCGAAGAAGGGAUUGA